AUGAUAACCACGACGACGAAGAAACGUCCCCGCCCAAAAGGGUUAUGGAAGGCCCGUGUAACCGCGCCACGUUGCCUUGUCCCUGAUAGGAAACUAUCCCCUGCGGACGACUCCUCUGAUACCGACCACCAGUACGACUGGGCGUCUUGUUCUUCUUCCACCUCCUUUCCGUCCCCUUCGUCCUCUACGAGAUCGCUUUCACCUGAACCUAGUAACACCCUACAACCGGCGAGAGAAAGCGGCUGGACGAAACGUACGCGGAUUAUGGAUACGACGUCGACGGCGUUCGUGGGGGCGCAGACUGAGGCCCGCAAGACGUGUGAUUUUGAGGAUUGGAUGGACUUGAAGGAUUUGUUUGCUAAAGCGGCGGAGCAGUAUGAGGGAGGGACCCCUGCUGAGGCGCUGCCCCUGCUGAGGGGAGUCGUGCAUGAGUGCCAUAGGUUUUUGAUCUUUUACCAGGACCCGUCGGUCCUUUUCUCGGCGCCGAAGACAGAGGGGGUCGAGAAGGAGAAGAAGGAGAAAGAGAAGGAGAGGGAUUGGAAUAUUGAAAAGUCGACAGUGAGGAAAUGUAAAUGCGUCGAACUACCGACAGCCUUCCAUGCCAUCCUAGGCACGGCACUGUUCCUCUUUGGCAACCUCAUAGCGCAAGACGGGACGCUGGCCCUGCCGGGAGAGCCGAGUCUGCCGACGCCGUACUGGCUCGCAGCGCUUGACGUCUUCGAGACUGGGGAGAACCUCCCCUCGCGGGUGAACGGCACGGGGUGCGACGCCCCGGAAGACUGGCGCAUGGCUAUCGUGUGGGGGCGGACGCUUGUGUGUAUAGCGGACGAGGCGAUCUCUGGCGGGGUGGUGGGCGGCGGCGGGUUCGUCGACGACGACGAGCCCGUGUGGCCGCCUGAGAGCCCGUUCUCCGCCAUCGCGGCGAGGAGGCCGCCGGUGACGAGGCGGAUGACGCUGGGGAGUGCGAGCCCGAAUGAUUUGAUGGUGUUGGCGAUGGAUCAGUUUUCGCGGGGGAUCUUCCAUAUGCCGCAUCCGCAGCAUGUGGGGCCUGCUGCUCCGUAUAUUGUCAAGGCGGUGGGUGGUGGCGGUGGGAGUGCCGGAGGGGUGGAGGGAUUGACGACGCCGCUUUCGACGUGCUGUAGUGCUGCGGCUGCGACGAAGCCUUGCCAACAUCAGCAUCAGCAUCAGCAUCAGCAUCAGCAUCAGCACCAUAACCAGCACCAGGCCCAACCCCAGCCACAGCCUGCACAGGCUCCGCAUAAAACAUUCCCCGAGGCAUUCAGCCGUGCUAAAGAGCUGUAUACGAUCGCUUCAGAGGUUCUGCUCCUCGCUGAGAAGCUCCCGCGGCCGGACGAGCGGCAGUACUGGGCGUCGUGGGCGGACAGCGUGUUCAACCAGAUGAAAAUGGAGGCUGAUAUGGACGCAUGGCGGGGACCGAUCACGCGUGCGCGGGGGCAGUGUUGGUUGAUCGUGGGGAGUGCGCGAGCGGACGAGAUUGAGGAUCGGGUGGGUGCGGGGGACGUGGAUGUGCUGAGGAGCGAGGAGGCGGAGGAGGCGAGGGAGGGGUUGGGGAGGGCGGUGGGGUUUUUUGAGAGGGCGAAGGUUGUUGGUGCGUGUGGGGAGGUGGGGGAGGAUGCGGAGUUGAGGAAGAUGUUGGUGGAGGCGUUGGUUACGCUGGGGAAUUUGGAGAGGGAUGGGAGGGUUAGGGAGGAGUUGUAUAAGAGGGCUGUUGUUGAGGGCGGGGAGGACUUGGGGUUGGAUGGGAUGGAUGUUGAUGAGUAG